AUGGCAAGUUCACAAAUAGUGCUUAUCCUGAAGAAGGACAAUCCGGAAUCAUUCGCUGGUUAUAGGCCGAUUUGUCUUUGUACCUUUAUCAGCAAGGUUUUCACGCGAGUUUUAUCCUCAAGACUGGCCAUGGUCCUGCCGAAGCUGAUUUUUGCAGAACAGGCUAGCUUUAUACAGGGCCGCAGCAUUCAGGAUAAUGUCCUUCUGGCCUUGGAGUUAAUGCAGUAUAUCGACAAGAAAUGUCGUGGGAUGAAUGUCGUGGAAGUGCUCGAAAAAUUGGGUUUCCCGACGAGGUUUGUGGAUCUUGUUAUGCGCAAUUUGCAGGCAACGAGACUAUCAAUUCUAGUUAACGGCGUAAGUUGCGGGUUCUUUCAGCCAACCUGA